AAAAAAAAAGAUUUGCGCCGCCCAGCGAGCAGACUGGAGUGAAGAUGGCCGGCCAGGAGGAUCCGGUGCAGAGAGAAAUCCACCAGGACUGGGCCAAUCGCGAGUAUAUCGAAGUGAUUACCAGCAGCAUCAAGAAAAUAGCCGAUUUCCUCAACUCUUUCGAUAUGUCCUGCAGGUCUCGUUUGGCCACACUGAAUGAGAAGCUCACCGCCCUGGAGAGAAGGAUCGAGUACAUCGAGGCCAGAGUUACAAAAGGGGAAACGCUGACCUAACCCUCCUGAUGUGGAGAAGAGACUAAAUGGCCACACUCUUUUAUUUUUUGUGUGUUUUCCUGUUUCCUCAUUCACUUUAAAUAACCAAGUGACUCUUUAUCUACCAGCCUCUUAAAGCCCCAGUAAGGAACUGCUGACUCAGUGCUACGUCACUCCGAAACUCAAAAGGGAACAUAGUUCUGAUUAAACAGGUUUCAGGUUGAGCAGUUCCUCGCUGGGGCUUUAACGCAUGGGACCAUCACGAACGCGCUUUUCUUUUCCACCGUUUCUGCUUCGGUAUGAACAGUUGUACUCUUUCUUUUCUUUCUCUUUUUUAAUCCUCAUCUUGACCUGUUACUGUCUUUGUGCAGCUUGCACAUGUCAAGUCCUUUAUCGUGUCCUGAUUAAAGAUUGAGCAGAUUAUUAGCUGGGAAAUUCAGACACUAAACAUGUAUAUCAGAUGAAAUGAGUGUACGGGGAGCGAUGAUGUAGAACGAUGGUGUAAGCUUUGCAAAAUGGUUUAAUUAAGAAAAAAAAGUAAUUUGUUUACUCAGCCUUGUGCGUGUGUAAAACCGGUUUCUGUAUAUAUUUUGUAAUUGUCGGACCGCAAAAGCCUGCGUUGGUGGAAACUCCCGUGCCCUGUGACGGUUUCAUACGCUAUAGCACAUCUUUACUCGGCGUGUGUGUGUGUGUGUGUGUGUGCGCGCAUGCGUACGGGGGCCAAAGGCUGGAAGAGUUACUUAAGUGCCAAUCGAGAUGGUGCGGAAGUGACGCCGGCCUCUACAGCCGAUCUUUGUGUUUCAAUGCUCAUACUUUUAAUGUACUGUGGUUAAAAUAAAUAACAACAUAUUACAUAACA